AUGACGGAUCCUCCCAAGGACAGGUACAACGCUGUCUGGUUAAUAUUCUUCACCCUCGGGCUCGGCACUCUGCUGCCCUGGAACUUCUUCAUGACGGCCACCAUGCCGGACGUCUCGCGGAUGGCGUCCGGCGAUGGAGGCGACUUUGGAAACGACUCUCUCACCAACGACCUGAACAGCACCGAGGCCCGAGCGCUGGGACCACCGAGGAACCAACUACAGAGCAAGUUCAACAACGUCAUGACCCUCUGCGCCAUGCUGCCCCUCCUCAUCUUCACCUGUCUGAACUCCAUCCUGCACAGCAGGAUCCCCCAGAAAAUACGUAUUGCAGGCAGUCUGGCCGCCAUAUUCCUGGUCUUUUUGUUGACGGCCAUCUUUGUGAAGAUCGAUUUUUCCCCCGUCACAUUCUUCACUUCAACGAUGAUCAAAAUCGUCUUUAUCAACUCGUUCGGCGCUCUCCUCCAGGGAAGUCUCUUUGGAUUGGCUGCCCUCUUCCCAGCCAGUUACACAGCGCCCAUAAUGAGCGGUCAGGGACUCGCAGGGACGUUUGCCGCUUUCGCCAUGAUCUGCGCCAUUGCUAGUGGCUCAAAACUGGAGGACAGUGCGUUUGGCUAUUUCAUCACAGCCUGUGUGGUCAUCUUAUUGGCUCUCCUGUCAUACUUGGCGCUUCCCAAGCUGGAAUUCUAUCGCUACUACACCAGUAAGAACCUGAAAACACAGCCAGUAAUGGCACUGAUAUGGAGCUGAAGAAAGAUCUGCUAAAGGGUGAUCCCGCAACGGAAGCUGGAGGGAAUAAGGCUGAACAAGGGAAACCAUCCAUCAUCCGCAUCCUGAAGAAGAUCUGGGUGCUGGCCCUGUCCGUCUGUCUGGUGUUCGCAGUCACUAUUGGGAUCUUCCCCGCUGUCACUGCCGAUGUGAAGUCCCGCAUUGCUGGCAAUUCUUCAUGGGGAAUGUACUUCAUCCCGGUCUCCUGUUUUCUGAUGUUUAAUGUGUUUGAUUGGGCGGGACGAAGCCUCACAGCGAGAUUCAUGUGGCCCGGAAAAGACAGUAAAUUGCUCCCCAUCAUGGUGGUGGUCCGUCUCAUCUUCUGGCCUCUCUUCAUGCUGUGUAACGUCAUGCCUCGCCAUUACCUGCCUGUCCUACUGGCACACGACGCCUGGUACAUCUGCAUCAUGAUCGUCUUUGCCCUGUCCAACGGAUACCUGGCCAGUCUCUGCAUGUGCUUCGGACCCAAGAUGGUGGAUGUAUAUGAGGCAGAAACAGCCGGAGCGAUCAUGGCAUUCUUUCUGUCGCUGGGCUUGGCGCUCGGAGCCGGCUUCUCCUUUCCUCUGAGGAUUUUGGUCUGA